UUGAACGUAUUAAAAACUUUUCAGGCGGCAUUGAGUUUUAUUGAAAAACGCCUUGCAUUUUUGAACUGUUGGGAUUCGUUUGACGCCUGGCUCCGGGCGCGAUAUGCAGAUCUGGAAGAACUCUGCGCACUGGACAAGUCUUCUCCGGAAAAGGCGGCCGAAGCAGUCGACAGUUUUCAGAAGAUGGAAAACCUGAAUGACGAGUGCGAUAGUAUGUUGUGCCAGUUGGAUGCCUUACGGCUGGAAAAUGAAGAAACCAGUUGGCGUUCAGACUGGUCAAAAUACUUGUCGGUUCUCAGUCAGAAGGGUCAUCAGCUGACUCUGUGUCGCGAUCGAUGGGCUAGCGUGCACUCACCUCGUCAAGACUUCUUAUCACAGUGUGAAGUCUUUCACAUGAUGCUAAUGGAUGCGAUGGUUGGUUCGGAUAUGAACCUACUUGAGAGGUUGGUCACUAGCCACGCUGUGUUAGCCAAUGCGUUUGAGGAAUUGGACACACGCUGGCAUGGGCUACAGGCUCUGUGCGGCACUUCCUUAUUUCCAUCUAGUUGGAUGGAAAGUAGUUGUGCUGAAUACAAGUCGCAGUGCCAAACUCUGUAUACCUUGAUUCAUGAAACGUUAGCUACCGCCUUUGGCCAUCUCGCGGAUAUGUUGUCCGCCCGGUUUGUGGCCCGCAGCUUCGAAGACCGCAUGCGCUCAUUUGAUUUGCUAUUUCAAACGAUCGAUCAGCUUCAAAAUGGCAUUCCAAAAUUGCUUAUGUCGAAAAUGUCUAGCCUGCGACCUGAUUCUGCCGAAGUCGGCAACUAUCGCGCGCUAUUGCAGCAGCUGCCGGCUUUGAAGCAAGACCUUCAGAUGCAGCGGGAUCAGCUACAAGCUGAUCGAACGUCGGUCAGUAAUGUUCAGUGCGGAAUCGAACUGAAGAUCGAAAAAAUCAAGGAGGCACUGUCGAAGAAGCCAGAGACGCCGUCUCAGCUGCAAGAAGCGACUGAUUCUCAACAGUUAGACCGUUUGCAGGUGAGUUCUUGUUUCUUUUCCAGCAUAAAUUAAAG